AUGAAAGCCUCCAGUCCGGUAUUAGGUCAAGGGCGAGACCUCAUACCUACACAUUGCAAGGCUUUCAUAACGAAAUUUACCAUCCGUAUUGCACCUGGUCACAGUGUAUGUUUCCUCUUACGCAGCUUAAAAUUUGACUCCAAGAUUGUCAGUUCUCAUCAGUUCUUACACGAGUUCCUUGUUCUCCCCCAACAGAAGCGGCUACAGAAGGAACUCAUGUCUCUCCUGAAGGAACCACCUGCGGGAGUCACCGUAGACGUGGACACCGCACACACAAAACUGACUGAGUGGGUGGUCCACAUGGAGGGCGCGGCCGGCACCCUGUACGAGGGGGAGAAGUUCCAGUUACAGUUCAAAUUUUCGCCUAAAUAUCCGUUUGAUUCUCCGGAGGUGAUCUUCGUCGGCGACAACAUUCCGGUCCACCCACACAUAUACUCCAACGGCCACAUCUGCCUCAGUAUCCUGACGGAGGACUGGUCGCCGGCCUUGUCAGUCCAAGCCAUCUGUCUGUCAAUUAUCUCCAUGCUCUCCUCGUGUAAAGAGAAGAAACGGCCACCAGAUAAUAGUUACUACGUGAAAACAUGCAGUGCCAAUCCUAAAAAAACAAAAUGGUGGUAUCAUGAUGAUACAGUAUGAUACCAUGAUCCUGAUUGCCUCAUUUGCCCCUGACCUUCAGUGACGAUUGUCUGUGCUAACGAAAGAGAGAAAUCUUCACUGCUGGGUGAUAGGCCAUUAUGUCAUAAACUUUAGAGGUGCUGAUUGUAUAAGAACUGUAGACAAAGUGUGUGUAAAGUACAUCAAGUGUGUGCAGAAGUAUGGUUUACAGACACUGUGUGAGCUAAAGGAUGAAAGAAAUCUGCUGUGCAUUGCUCACAACCCCCCCUUUAUAGUGACAAAGUGGAAAUUACUGGAAAUUAGGAGUGCAAGUGAAUAUUUAGGCAUUACUAGAAGACAUUACAUAUGUAUGAUUUUUAUUAAAAGAAGAGGAUGAAUGAGACAGUGCUUCACUUUUGAAUAUUAGAUGUAGAGAUAUAAAUCUCUUUGGCAAUACUUUGCCAGCUACACUGAAAAUAAAUGCAAAGUCAACCAGUGUUAUUAUAAAACCUUUUUAGUAUUUUUGUGAUGCUGCAGUAAGAUUUUUUAUUAUACAGAUAAAACAUGGAGUAAUGAUGAUCCUUGAGGCCAAAGUUCUUAAAUUUUACUUUGAGGAAAGAAAAGUAUUAUUAUAGGUAUAGAAUCAUGAAGUUCUGUUCAUUGUAACUACCAAGUGUUAUUGAGCUCCUUUAGUGUAGCAUCUGCACAAAGCAACUUAUAACUUAGGCCAGUCAUACAUCAGUCCAGGUACCUUAUUUUCUUUCAAUAGACACAUCAAUAUAAAUAUUUUAAACUUUCCAACAGUUCAUCUAAGUAACAGGUGUUCUGUGAAGUAGCAGGUGUUUGUAGGUACCCAAAAUUAAUGGAUGUUUUAGUAGAACCAGGAGCUUUGAUGCCAAAGGAGUUCUAUUUUGAUGAAAAGUUAAUCAUAAAAAAAAAUAAUUUUAUGAUUUUUUUCUUAACUUCAUGGGAUUUAUCACAUUAUUAGAUGAAAUGCUUGGAGAUAAAAGGAUAUUCUAGGUUCAAAUGAAACAAUAUGAAAAAUUUGCACCUUGCAUCUGUGGCUUUCAGAUUUCAGUGACUUUUUGACUUAUUUUCUCAUAAUAUUUAAGAAUUUAGGCCUUGGAUUUGUUGCAAAUUUGAUUUAGCCAUCUGGCAUCUCUUCUGCACUGGUGCAUUCUACUGUAUGUGAGUUGUGCAAUUAUACUUUCGCUAAGAUAACACUUUGACAGCAUAUCACUACAAAGCAACUCCAUACAUUAGUUUAAAGUAUGAACAGAGAGAAUGCAUCAUUUUAAGUGAAUGAUCUCCUUUUGGUUCACCCGUCUCAUUUCUAUCCAAUAAUCUUUUUGGUUUAUUCAGCAAGUAAGUUAAGUGUAUUAAAGUUGUGACAUACUUUCCAAAAUUCAUUGUAUUGUGAUAUUUCUUCUACUUUAAGGUACCAGAGAAAGAUGUUCUGUAUGAUUCUUGUAUAGAGGAUGUUUUUUCAACAUAUUACUACACUUUGCCAUAUUUAGAUUGAAGUUUUGCAGUCAAGGGAUACAGUCUUGCUGAAACUUGGUGAUUUUAGUUACUGUUUCUGUGACAAUUCCAAUUUAUCAAAGCAUAUUUUUAUUUACAUAUACAAAAUUGAGUCAGCAAUACUUGAAUAAAGAUGUCGGAAGUUAGUGAUAACAAAAACACAUUAACAUGUCAACGAGUGAAAGAAAACACAUCCACAGUGAGAGCUAAUUAUAAUUCAACAGUUAACAUUACAUCAUAGUGUAAACUAUUGUCAUCCCAUUUUACAACUAUGUUCUCUGUCCAGUUGAUUUGUUCUUCUCUUAGGGUUGAAAUAUGACCGUUGCCAGUACCCAGUUCCACAGAUAAACUGCAAGCAGGUAGUAGUCUAGCCUGCUAGUGAUGAUUCUCAGAUUGUGAUAGAUCUUCACUCCUGAAUUUUCAGUGUUGUUAAUGCAUAUCACAGGAUAGUAUUGUACUGUAAAAUGAAUGGCCAAUUGUCAUGUGGUUCUGUGAUUUUUUUUCUUAAGCUAGUUGUACAGUAUUUCCAAUACUGCAGUAUUAUAAAUUGAUAAUCAAAUAUUACUUUCUAAAGACUGACAUAAUAUUUCUAUAUGUAAUCAAUGGACAACGGUGUGAUUUUGCAUCAAAACACAGGGUGUCUUUUUUUCAAUAGCAUAAUCAUUUGCCAUGAACAUAUUUGCUUUUAUUAGUGAUUAUGAAUAUUUUUCUGAUGAUUAUGUGAAUUGUUUACACACAUUUCAUAUGCGUUAUUUAUGCUUUUGUAAACACAUUAUUUCCUAAGGACCUUCCUUUUUCUUCAUGUUUUGUUUUAAACAUCAAGUAAUUUGAUGAUUUUCAGAAUCAUGUUGGGAUACAAUCAACCCUAGUGUGAAGUUAUUUCAUUAUAAUGGCAAUUAAAUACUUAUUUGUUAUAUCAUAAAUCAGUGCUUUUACUUUUCACCUUUUUUUUUCUUUUUUUUUUAAAGCAAAGGUAUGUUUAACAGAUUCAAAAUAAUAUUCUAUAUUGGCUUCAGUGUAUUACUUUCACCUUCUCUAAAAAUAAUAUUAGCAUUACAGGGAUGGUUUGCAAAGUUGAUAAUUUUGUUGAAUGAAGUGAUUUAGGAAUUCCCUCUUCAGUACUUGUCAAGUUCAUCAUUCCAUCAAUUAUAGUUUUGUUGCAAGUGUUUUUUAUCAUUGUACUUACUGUAAUAAACAUUGAUUUCAGAAUGUGAAACUAUUUUAACACCAUCUGAAUUUCAUUUCACUGAAUAUCAUCAUUGAUGUCAGAACUAAUAAUGGUAAUAUUAAUAAGAAAAUGAAAAUAAUAUAGUAUAAUAAUCUUUUGGCACCAGGGUUGGCAUAUACGCACAUGGUAUGUCCACUGUGAUUUUAAUACAUUAAUUGCAUUUACACACAGAUGGCUUCACAAGGACUAAGUCACUCAGGAGUCAAUUAUUAGUCCUACCUAUCUCAUCUGUUUACCCUUUUCCUUGAUUCUGAAGAUAUCUUUUAAAAGUGUUAAUAGCCAUUACUAUUGUUGAUAACAUAAUGAAUAUCAAAAUUUCAAAAAUAAUAAUAAUAGUAUUAGAAAAAAAAAAUUAUAAGAGAAUUCAGGGAAAGAGGAAAGAGGAUGGGGUAACAGUGACCUAUAAAUUUACUCCUUGGUGGCUAAACACAUGCAGAGCCAUCUAUGUGUGAAAACUAUACAACAGUGCGCAUUACAUGUUCCUGGUGGCAAUGGGUUAUCAAAUUAUUAUUGUUAUUUUUUUAUGAUCAUUAUCAUUAUUAUUAUCAUUAUCCUUAUUCUGAUCAUUAUCACUACCAUUACCAUUAUCAUAAUUAUUGUUCUUAUUAUUAUUUUCAUCAUCAUAUUUUUUUAUUAUUAUUAUUUUCAUCAUCAUAUUUUUUUAUUAUUUUUAUUAUCAUCAUUAUUAUUAUAAUUUACUGUGAAUACCAUCAUUAGCAUUAUUAUUAUUACUGUUCCUAUUAUUAAAAUGUUAGUAUAUGAUUAUACUGCCUUAACACUCACAGUUGCAAAUUGGUUUAUUUUCUUAAACAAUUUAUAGUUUGUAUUUAUUUUUGUCCUAUUCAUACUGUAUGUUAUUUUUUACCAUCAUCAUCAUUACUGUUAUUAUUGUCAUUAUUUUUUUAUUAUCAUAUUAUUCUGUACAUUAUAUUAUUAUCAUAUUAUAUUUUAAUAUAUUAUCAUUAUCAUCAUCAUCAUCAAUCAUUAAUCAUCAUCAACAUCAUCAUUGUUAUCAUUAUCAUCAUCAUCAUCAUCAUCAUCAAUCAUUAAUCAUCAACAUUAUCAUCAUCACCAUCAAUCAUCAUCAUUACCAUCAUCAUCAUCAUUUUCUUUAACAUUACGGCAGAAAAGUUCACUCACCACUAAAUAGGUUUACUGAAUGGUAAGGUAACAGUUUCAUCUUCAGAUUUAUGAAAAUGUCCAGGAAGAUUUCGAAACUGUUGCUCCUCCAUUUUCUAUAUCUAUUUUGUUUAUAGUGGUUUUUUUUCCUGUAUAUUGUUAUCCAGUGUUUUUUUUCUUUCUCUUUACUAUUAAUUACUACUGCUGUUAUGAUUACUAAUGGCAUUUUUAAGUCAUCAUCACAAUCAUCACAUAGGGUACCUAUUAGAAUUUUUCUGAUCUUAUUAAUACAACAGUGCUUGAUUAUUCACAAUAUAUAACAUAAAACUCUGUUUAUGUUUAGAUUAAAGUGCAACAUUCAUUCUAGUUAAUAUUUUUAACGGAUUUCUAAUAAUUUCACCUUCUUUGUAUGCGACAAUAAUCUGGUUUAUUUUGUUCUUUUUUAAGAAGCUACAUUUAAUUUUGAAUAUUUUGUUUCUAAUGAAGUUCCUCUUUUCAAAUUACAAAAAAUAUUAUAAUCAAAUAUAUUCUAGGUUCUCUUUAGUGUCUUGAAUACUCAGUCCAUACACUACACACUAAAAGUUAUAGAUGGUACAAUUUAUGGUCUUGUAGUGAUGAGAAAAUUACAUUCCUCAAGAGUAUAAGAUAUAAUAAAAAAAAAAGUCUUGUUAGAUACCUAGGAUUGACUUCCCACAAAGACCAUGACUACAGCUUUAUCUGCUAUACAAUUCAGGGAGGUUUAGCAACAUUAUUGUGUGUGUGACAUGUUUGGCCUGUAACCAUAUAUAUUUGUUUCUUGAUAUGAUAUAGUGGAGCUAUUUUUAUGACCUGGUAUCUAGCGUCUGAUACCACAUUAUGCAAAAGAGUUCGGGUUUUCUUUUAUAAGAGAGAAGUACUAAAAUUUUAACAUUGAUCCACUGCUCAAGAUAAAUCACAAGAUAAAUCAGGUAUUAAAUUCUUGUCUUUGUCAAAAAAAGCAAGUGACAAUAUAGCAAAGAUGAUUAUAUAUAUAUUCAGUCUCUAAAAUAUAAAAGAAAGAAAAAGAAAUUAUGAACAGCACCCAAGCUCUAAAGGUACUCAUCCUGUUUCUUGUAAAGCCAAAGAAUUUAAAUCUGUACUGUGCUUUUUCAGUAUUGGAGAAAUGGUGCACAUGUUGUAUAUUCAGGACAAGCUGUAGUAGGCCAAGAUAAGCAAUUAAGGCUUUUGGUAUCUGAGUUGGUAAUGGUUUCUUGCUUCAUAUACCUUUGGAUUUCUUAUUCUGUACUCUGUAGCAAUAUUUUUAUUCAGGAUUUGUUUUGAAUUACAAUAAAUACCACUGCCUA